CAUACUUGAAGUCACACAUUUGAGUUUAUGUUAUUCAAAUAUUCAAUAAUAAAGUGUGUGAAUCUGUAUUCCAUGUCAUGCACAAGUAUACAAUUUACUAGAUUUUUUUUGGGUUUUCGACGAUAAUCUCAAAACUCACCGAAGGAGAUGAUGUUUUUGUUGGAGGGGUGAUGCUUGCCAAAAAACUGGUGGUGGUGAUGGCUCCAGUGGCACAAUCCAUAGUGGUGUGGAAGGAGGGAAAGCGAAGGAUAGAAGGAUAAUAUACAAAUAUGGUACCUCACUAUAAAUUUCAGCAGUGACCUUUCUUAAAAAUUUGAGAACAGAUCGAGCAACAAGUUGGGUUUGAGAGAUUUAAUCGAUUGAUGGCAUUGAGACGAGCACUUGGUUGGUCUGAUGGCGAGCUCAUGCGAUCAGACGCGAAGCCAUGCUCAAGAUUAAUGAGACAAACAGCUGGGAUUUUUACAGUUGGUGGAGCACUUGGUUUCUGGAUCUUGUGUAGACUGCACUAUCACUAUGGACCAAGAGUCACAAUUCCUAGAAGUCUUAGAUGGGCAGCCUGUGGAGCUGUUUCUGUUAGCUCAACCACAGCUCUUCUGGUUCGACUUUUCAGUCCUGAAUGUGAACCCCAGAACAUAAUUGCUUAUGAGUUAUGACAACAAAAGAUGAGAACAGAACUAAUAGGUUUACUGAAACUGGAGUCAUGUGAUGAGAUAUUUGGUUUUACUAGGAAUUACUUCUAUAUGGUUUUACCAUAGCUCCUAAAGUGUGGAUGCCAUGUGUUGAGAGUUGUUUAGUGUUACAUCAUUUUAAUUAAUUUAAAUGAGAGGUUGACAUGAAGUUAGGGUUAGUUAGGGUUUUUUAUAGAUGAAAGCAUCACAUGAUAGAUGAUGGCAAGACAUUGCUUUUUAAUAUAUGGAUGAAUAAAUUGAAAAUAGAUCCACUAGUUAUUUUUCAUUA